AUGGUGGUGGUAUCCGCUGCCCGGGAUUACAUCAACCGCAUGCUGCUGGAUAUCUCCGGGAUGAAGGUUCUAAUUCUGGAUUCCCAAACGGUCAGUAUCGUAAGUGUUGCCUAUUCACAAUCUGAACUGCUUCAGAAAGAAGUAUUUUUGGUUGAAAUGAUAGACACAAUCUCGAAGUCUAAAGAAUCCAUGACACAUUUGAAAGCGGUUUGCUUCCUUCGUCCUACAUCAGAGAAUAUCCAGUAUUUGCGACGCCAGCUAGCUAAUCCUAGAUUUGGAGAGUAUCACCUAUUUUUCUCCAACAUGUUGAAGGAUACCCAGAUUCAUCUAUUGGCUGACUCAGAUGAACAAGAAGUUGUGCAACAAGUACAGGAGUUUUAUGCAGACUUUGUUGCACUUGAUCCUUACCAUUUCUCUUUGAAUCUUCCUUCAAAUCAUAUGUAUAUGCUUCCAGCAGUCAUCGAUCCUUCAGGUUUGCAACACUUCUGUGACCGAGUAGUUGACGGGAUCGCAGCACUUUUCUUGGCGCUGAAACGAAGGCCUGCUAUCAGAUACCAAAGGACCUCUGAUGUUGCCAAAAGGAUAGCCCAUGAAUCAGCAAAGCUGAUGUAUCAGAAGGAAAGUGGCCUUUUUGAUUUCAGAAGGGGCGAGCUUUCUCCUUUGUUGCUGAUAAUAGAUCGAAGAGAUGAUCCUGUAACCCCUUUGUUGAAUCAGUGGACCUAUCAGGCUAUGGUUCAUGAAUUAAUUGGUAUCCAGGAUAAUAAAGUGGACCUCAGAGGCAUUGCUAAAGCAUCAAAAGAUCAGCAGGAAGUGGUCCUAUCGUCGGAGCAGGAUGCAUUCUUUAAGCUCAACAUGCAUGAGAACUUCGGAGAUAUUGGGAUGAAUAUCAAGCGAAUGGUGGAUGACUUUCAGCAGGUUGCAAAGAGUAACCAAAACAUUCAGACAAUAGAGGACAUGGCCAAAUUUGUUGAGAAUUAUCCCGAAUAUCGGAAAAUGCAUGGCAAUGUCUCAAAGCAUGUGACGCUGGUGACUGAAAUGAGCAAGAUAGUUGAGGAGCGAAAGCUCAUGUUAGUUUCACAAACCGAACAGGAGUUAGCUUGCAAUGGUGGACAAGGGGCAGCUUUUGAGGCAGUAACCAAUCUUCUUUAUAAUGAGAGUGUAUCAGAUAUUGACCGCCUGCGCCUAGUGAUGUUGUACGCUUUACGUUAUGAGAAGGAAAGUCCUGUUCAGUUAAUGCAGCUAUUCAAUAAGCUUGCAUCUCGAACUGCAAAGUACAAGCCAGGGCUUGUGCAAUUCCUACUUAAGCAAGCUGGUGUCGAUAAGCGGACCGGCGAUCUGUUCGGGACUCGGGACUUCUUGAACAUAGCUCGUAACAUGGCUCGUGGUCUGAAGGGAGUUGAAAAUGUAUACACCCAGCACCAACCACUUCUGUUCCAAACAAUGGAAAACAUAAUCAAGGGACGGCUGAGGGAUGUAGACUACCCAUUUGUUGGUAAUCAUUUCCAACAGGGGAGGCCACAGGAUGUGAUUAUUUUCAUUGUUGGUGGGACGACGUAUGAGGAGUCACGUUCUGUAGCUCUGCAAAAUGCUGUGCAUACUGGCGUUCGUUUUACACUUGGUGGUUCUGUAGUUCUCAACUCCAAAAGGUUUAUAAGGGACCUGGAGGAAGCACAGAGAAUAGCUAAAUCUAGCACAAAUGCCGUUUGA